CUCGACAUAUUCGCUUAAUAUAGUAAGCAACAGAGUCAGCCUUGCUUCAGUCUGGUGGAAGUCUUCUCCGUGAGUGGUUUGGCGCGAAUCGUCGGUCUUUUCAACGGAAACCAAUCAACUCACGUGCGUGGUGAGAGCAUUUCACAAAUUGAAUUAAUUCGUUCGUUCGGAAGUUAUUAAAAGUUUGACCACAGAGUUUUUCGCUACCGGUGUCGAAAAUAACAAAAAAAAAACUUUUUCUUCGCACGUUUCGCGGUGUGAUGAAAAUUAGUUAGUGUGAAUUUAUGAGGUUAAUUAAGACCGGCUGCACUUGGGCAGAAUCGUUCCCUACGUGGGUCUAGGUGCCAAAAGCGCGUAAAGUAAAAAUUCUCGUUAAGAAUAUCCCAAAACAGUCAUAAAACGUGCGGUAACUGGAGCGGAACCGAGGGAAAAUUGCACCUUUUCAACGCGUAUCACGGUCGGAAAAUUAUCAAAACAGAGAUUUUUAUCGCCGUUAUUACGUGUUUUUCCAAGCGUUUAUGACUCGGUCGGCCCUAUAAAAUCCGGGAAGCGGAAAAACGAUGGCCCAACUGUGACGAAGAAGUGAGGCGAGUGCGUACGGUGGAAAACUGAAAGCAUAGUUGCGGGAAGAAAAAAUUCAUCAAUUAUUAACUGUGAUCCGGCAGAAGAGCCCUUCGGGACAAAAUGUUGCGUUUUGGAUUACUCAAGUAUAAAAAGCUAAACAACGCCGUGUUUGCCUCCGGGGACCCGGUGCCGAGUGAAUUCAGUGACGAUUGUGGCCAACAGCCUUCCACCGCAAGGACGAUGACGACUGCAGCACCUGUGCACCGAAAUCAUCAUCUUCUGAUUCACAAUGAGCUGAGUGGGAGCACCAUGAAAAAUACAAACUCACGUGCCAUUAAUUCACCAACCGAAAGUGCCAAGGAACACAAACUUUUCCAGCAAGCGGAACCGAAUGACGGAGGAAAAAAGUCCAGUUCAACCCCCGAGCUCGACCGAUCGUCUCCCAAAUUACGGCUCAGUGCGGUGCAGUCCGUCCUCCCGUCGGCCGAUAAUUACAAACCACUCGCCAGCAGCCCGACAGUGACCAACCCCAAAAGGCGCACGACUACCGCCACCACACUCACCUGCAAGGCUCGGAUCUACAAGUGUAUCAAGAGGAUGCUGAAAAGGAGCAACUUUUCCAAAGAGCAAAAGGUUCACCAACCACAACAACAGCAACAGCAUCAGCAGGUGCGGGAUAAAUCAAAAGUUGACUACAGAGAGAUUAAAAGUCUGCUUGAAAAGGAAAAACCGUCGCUGGAUUACGACGUCAAUCUGGCGAAAUGUGUGGAUAAACCAGCCUUAAUUAGAAAAAUCGCUUUGAAUUUGAUGAAAUCAGCCGAAGACGAAGGCAGAUCUCUAGUGAUAACACCGGAACAGCUUUCGGAAACGACGUCCGUGCAGAGCAAUCUCGACCAGAAAGCCGAAUACCAGAAGCUCUGCAACGAAUCGUGGUACCACGAGAAUCUACCGCGGGACCUAUCGCUGGAACUGCUGACCAACAAAACCCCCGGCCAGUUCAUCGUGCGCAAAAGCACAACCCAACAAGACUGUUACGCUCUCUCGUUGCGCGUACCACCUCCAGGACCAAAAAUCGCCCACUACCUGAUCGUACGGACGGCGAACGACGGUUACCAGAUCAAGGGAUUCCACAAGGAGUUCACCUCACUGCGUGCCCUCAUCGUGCACCACUCGGUGAUGCCGGAGUCACUUCCGGUGCCGCUGGAUGUGCCACGGCCCGCCAACCUGGCUGUGAAAACUAAAUGCGAAGAUGACUACGAUACCGUCUUCGAUUUACCGGAAACGAUCAGUGCGUGAAGACUACAUCCUCGUGUGCUCAAAAUUACCAACUAAUUACACGUUAGGAAACUUUUACCAAAACCUUAUUGUUACCUACGACCAUAGUGUGUAAGCUAUUAUUAGCUAUAUAUAUUACA